AUGCAGUGGCGUAAACUUGCCAGGUUGAAGUCUUCGCCGGGCGGACAGUCGCGCGCUCGGAGGAUGCUCUGCUGCGGCCGCAGGAAGGAGAACGGCCGCGCGGCGCCGGACCUGACGGCGUCGCCGGGCCGCGCGCCGUCCGGGCCGCCGCAGCCGCCGCGCGCCAACCACGCGCCGCCCUGCGUGCUGCAACCAGACUUCCGCAAGGUAUCAGGUGUAAGCAAUGAAAUAUUCAGGCAGAUUGAAAUGGUGGAGAAUGAUCACGACGCGACCACGGCCGCGGCGCUCGAGGCGGUGGAGCGUCGCGGCGAGAUGAUUGUGCGAAUCCUAGAGCUGAGGCAAGUGGGCCGCAACAAUAUUGAAGCCGCCAAGAAAUUCUUCUCAUUACAGGACUCCCGGCACAUAGUUCAACUAGUGGAAAUCGUAAAACGUCCGGGACAGACCCUUGGUUUGUACAUCAGGGAGGGGGAUGGUGGAACAAGGACCGAUGGAGUGUUUAUAUCGCGGAUAGCAUUGGAGUCCGCUGUGUAUAACAGCGGCUGUUUGAAGGUUGGAGAUGAAAUCCUCGCCGUGAACUUAGUGGAUGUCAGACGAAUGUCGCUGGACGAUGUCGUCAUCAUCAUGUCGAUACCAAGAAGGUUGCUGCUUUGUACGAGGCAAAGGAAAGGCAAGUCAGGUCCCGGAUCACCAUCUCUCCCGAGGUCGGAGCAUAAACCACCGCCUGUGGUCGUCCUGAAGAGAGACUGCCGAGAUGACGACGAGAGGGACCGUGACCGAGUCGACGCAUUAUAUUCCCAACACGGUACUCUGGGCCGCUCCGGAGGUCCAGGAGGUGGCAUCCGACCAGGCGGCGAUGGCAGAGAAGAACGGAGUCGAAUGCAACUUGGUCAGCUCUCCCCUGAUUCGACAGCGCUUGACUUAUAUUACAACUCGAGACCUCCUUCAGAUCAUUCUACUUGGAGUUACCGACCGCCGCCUCCAGUUAUUACUGAACAACCAAAAUCAUCGACAACACACUUUGUGCCGUAUGAGCGAUCCUAUCCUAGUGCUAUGGAAAGCUUAGCAGAGAAGGUGCAUUCUUAUUAUCCGUCGGAAACUGGAAGCACACGCUUCGGUGGGAGAGUUCCUCGGUCGGGUUCGGAGCAACAACUGCCGCGGGCUGAAACACAUUCGGACUUCGGACGACAUUCGCUUUUGCGGUCGAGUUUGAAGGCCUCGGCAGCCACUGGUGGUACUUCGAGCCUCUCCAGAUACAAUCAACGAUAUGGUGGAGUUGGAGGAGUUGGGUCUGGUUUGGGAGGCACAGGCCUGCCUGGAUCGGGCCUGACUGGCACGGGUUUAGGUGGUCAUGGAUUACCGUCAGGACUAUCUACAACAGGUUUAAGUGGCCUAACGGGUUCCAGCUUAGUUGGAUCAGGUCUAACAACCUCCGGAUUGGGAACAGGGUUAUCAGGUACUGGAUUGGGUUCCACUCUUGGGGCCGGUUAUGGAACUGCUGGAUUGGGACUACCAUCAUACAGUAGUAAAUUCGGCACAUCGAGAAGGAAUCGAAGUUUGGACUAUUCAUCUGAUACUGAAGCUACUGCACCAACAAGAACGCCGUACUAUUCUGGACUCAGUGGAUAUAGAAGUAGCACAUUAGGAAGAGACAUCGGAUCGAAGUUUAAUUCUUUACCGAGAGACGUGAGAGGAACUGGUCAAAGGCUUGGGCUAAGCAGACGCGCAGGAAGCGUAUUACAAGAUGAGCCGGAACCACUGUCUUCGCGUUUAGAUCUUCGUUCUUCCAGAGGUCGUCUACCAUCGUCUCCGUCAGUGUUCACGUCAGAUGAGUACCGAGCGUGGUUGUCACGAGCUCCGUCAACCAGUGCGUUAUACGAGACAUUGCGUCCUCGUCUUCCCACUCACUACUCAGCGGAAAACAUACACGACGCACUAAAAAACAUGGAAAGCGGCAGUCGUUUUGGUUCCACUCUGGGAUUAGCCGGACGUGCUGGUCGAGUGGAACGUCCACGACACUUACCUGCGAGAUCAUUGUCCUCGCAACAGCUGGGGCCUACUGGGGGUUCGCCGUCAGCUCGUCGAGUGAGACAACUCCUCGAACUGGGCUCGAGGUUCAACUGUCCUAACCCGAGUCCUGUGCCUACACCGAGCUCGCGACAUCAGCGCCAUCUUGAUAUAAAUCCUAGCGAGUUCCUAAAAUACAAAGUGGAGAAGCCACCAGCGGGUCUUUCUUCUUCGAUGACAGGUCUGUCCCGAUUAGCCGGUCCGGGUGUAUCGGGCAUGCUGUGGGUGCACCUGCUGGCGGGACGUGGGCUCCGUCCCCCGGGGCCAGGGGGUGCAGGGGGUGCGUCCCCCGGGUCUCCCCCUUCUGGACCCCUGGCACCCCCACAUCCGCCUACAGCACCGCGAGACCUUUAUUGCGUGCUCGAGUGCGACCGCGUGCACAAAGCUAGAACUGUGGUCCGUACCGGCGAGCUUCAAUUCGACUGGGACGAAUCAUUCGAGCUGGAGUUAGUUGAGAACCGGCAGUUGGACGUAUUAGUUUACUCUUGGGAUCCGCAACAUCGUCACAAACUGUGCUACCGCGGCGCCGUAGCCCUAUCCGAUUUGCUCACUCGAGGGGCUUCACAUCAGCUUGCUGUCAAGAUGGAACCCCGCGGAACACUGUAUGUACGCAUGCGUCACACAGAACCUCAGGAUCUGUUCAGAAGGCGACCCGCCCCACCCCGGUUAUCCCCACCACCGCUAUUUGGAGCCGAACUAGACGCAGUUGUAGCUAGAGAGGUGCGACCACCACACGCGCCGCCCGUGCCGCUUAUAGUGAGACGAUGUGUUGAGGAGAUUGAAAGACGAGGACUUGACAUUAUUGGUCUUUACCGACUGUGCGGAUCAGCUAGUAAAAAGCGGAUAUUACGAGAAGCCUUCGAGAGAAACGCCCGAGGAGUGGAGUUGGCUCCGGACUCCGUGCCAGACAUCAAUGUCAUCACGGGACUGUUGAAGGAUUACCUUCGGGAGCUUCCACAGCCACUGUUCAGCCGCUGUCUGUAUCAGAUGACACUGGAUGCUCUGGGAGUUUGUCUCCCAGAUGACCGUGAAGGCAACGCUCGGCUCAUGGCUUCAAUAGUGGAAUGCCUGCCUCGAGCAGCGCGCGCUACUUUGGUCUUUCUGCUCGACCAUUUGGCGCUAGUAGUCGCAGCCCAGGACCGAAAUAAGAUGUCUCCACAACAUUUAGCAGUGGCUCUAGCCCCACCUCUGAUGCUGCAAUCACAACCACCAACUGAACUUGACUACCAAAGACCGAUUCACGUCCUCCAAUGCCUGUUGCAGAUCUGGCCGGCCCCUAAACGUUCAGUUCGGCGCGGCGAGCCAGUACUCGGGCCGCGUGGAAACAGAGCCAGUGCGUCGCAAGCGGCCUCACUCACCCUCCCCCAAGGCCGAGUUCCGCCCUCAGUCAGUCCAUAUCGGCCUCAAGUGGGAGCAUCAGCAGCAUCUCCGCCGCCAGCUCUCUCGGCUCGGCCCGUGCCCGACCGCUCGCCGCCCGCACAUGUUCUCUCAUCAGUCAGGGGCGUCCAAUAUCGUCCGCAGUCGCCGGUACGCGUGGCGGUGCCCGCGCCGGCGCGCUCACGGCAGGUGACAGUCUCGUCGCCCGGCUCGGGCAGCACUAGCUCCGGCAGCCAUAGCCCGGCGGACACCAUCAAGCACGGCGGCUCCGUGUCCUCCAUCCUGCGCCAGCCGGAGCGCGCUGCCUCCCCGCGCAGCUCCCCGCGAGCCUCGCCGCGCGCCUCCCCGCGCGACUCGCCGCGCUCCACGCCACGUGACGGCGGCUCGCGCGAGCUGACCCCCCGCGGCCACGACUCCCCCGCCAUCCCCGGCACGUCGGCGGGGUUGGCCGUCACGCUCAACUCGGGCGCGCUGUCCCCGCGGUACAACAGCGCCACCAACCCGUUCCUGCAGCAAUACGACGCGGAGGUCGAGGCGGAGGCGUGGCGCAGCGCGGACAUAUUCUCGCCCCCCGCGCACACAUAGUGCUCGUAGCGAAUUGAGAUUUUCUAGUCAAUUUUUUUAUCGAAUCGAAAGAGUGCUACGAUUCCGCUGUAUAUUAUGUUGUUUAAUGACGAACGUGGUGCGCGUUCGUGUAAUGUUUGUUAUAUAUAGAGCGAGUUACGAUGUAUAUUAUUGUGAGAAUGUAUACUUACUGACGCGCGAGGCGGACGCCU